CCUCCUUAUGGGUCGGAUUCUGCUAAGCGGGGCCAGUCGAUUCACAGGCGUCUUUUUUCUCGGUCCAGUAUUCGCUGUCGCAUUCGCUUUCCCCUCAUCCCGUCGCAUUCACUAUCCCAUACCGCAACCAUGGCCGCCGAUUCCCUGACGGCCUCCGUCCAGGCCUUGACCCUGCAGUCCACCACCAAGACCUCCAAGUUCGCAGGAUGCUUCCCGACCUUGAACCCCAUGGACAUCUACCGUGAGCACAUUGCGGAGGAAUUGGGCAAGGCCGCUGGCAUCGACUCGGACUUGAUCUUCUCUCGUCUUGCAUGGACUAACACUUUGGACAAGGGUGACCUGUCUCUGCCGGUCGCUGCCCUCCGUAUCAAGAAGAAGCCCGACGAGCUCGCCGCGGAGCUGGCCUCCAAAUUCCCCGAGUCCGACCUCAUUCACCCUCCUACUGCCUUUGGCCCUCACCUGCAGUUCUUCUGCAAGGCCGCUCCUCUGACCAACACCGUCCUGGGCCGUAUCCUGUCCGAGAAGGCCGCCUUCGGUACCAAUGGCAACAUGGGUCUCAAGGAUCCCUCCGACCCUUCCAAGGGUCAAAAGAAGAUCAUUAUUGAGUUCUCAUCGCCCAACAUCGCCAAGCCCUUCCACGCCGGUCACCUGCGGUCAACAAUCAUCGGUGGUUUCCUUGCAAACCUGCACACUGUUAUGGGAUGGGACGUGAUUAAGAUGAACUAUCUCGGUGACUGGGGCAAGCAGUACGGUCUGCUGGCCAACGGCUUCAAGUAUUUCGGAAACGAGGAGGCGCUCACAAAGGACCCUAUCAACCACUUGUUCGAUGUAUAUGUCAAGAUCAACCGCAUUGUAGGUGACCAGGAAGGCCCCAUCAAGGAGCUGAAGGAGCAGAUCAAGACCAAGAAGGAAAAGGGCGAGGAUGUCGCUACGGAGGAGGCCGAGCUUGCCAAGCUUGUGGAUGUUAGCGAGGAUGAGAAGGCCCGUCGGUAUUUCAAGAGCAUGGAAGACGGUGACCCAGAUGCCCUUGCUCUCUGGGCUCGCUUCCGUGAUCUCAGUAUUGCCAAGUAUAAGCAGACCUAUGCCCGCCUGAACAUUGACUUUGACGUCUACUCUGGUGAAUCGCAGGUCAAGGCCGAGAGCAUGGCCAGCGCUUAUAAGGCGAUGGAGAAGGCCGGUGUCACUGAGGAGUCCGACGGUGCUAUCAUUGCCGACUUCACCAAGCACGGUGCUAAGAAGCUUGGCAAGGCUAUUAUUGUCCGCAAGGAUGGCACUCCCCUCUACCUGACCCGUGACAUUGGUGCCAUUCUGGAGCGUGAUGAGAAGUAUCACUUUGAUAAGAUGAUUUACGUUGUGGCUGCUCAACAAGAUCUCCACCUGGCUCAGCUGUUCAAGGUUACCGAGCUGAUGGGUAACAAGGAUUUGGCCAGCCGCUGCCAACACAUCAACUUCGGUAUGGUCCACGGUAUGAGCACCCGUAAGGGUACCGUCAAGUUCUUGGACGAUAUUCUCCGGGAUGUCGGUGACAAGAUGCACGAGGUUAUGAAGAAGAACGAGACCAAGUACUCUCAGGUCGCGAACCCCGAGGAGACUGCCGACACUCUUGGUAUCACCUCCGUCAUGGUUCAGGAUAUGACUGGCAAGCGUGUCAAUGGUUACGACUUCAACCUCGACGCCAUGACCUCGUUCGAGGGUGACACCGGUCCCUACCUGCAAUACGCCCACGCUCGUCUCUGCUCCAUGGCCCGCAAGUCGGAGCUCAACAUCGAUGAGCUGGACAGCGCCGACUUCUCCCUCCUUACCGAGCGCCACGCGAUCGAUCUGAUCCGUCUCCUUGCCUCUUGGCCGGACGUUCUGGUUAACACCUCCAAGACUCUGGAGCCCGUCACCGUCCUCAGCUACCUGUUCCGCAUGACCCACAUGCUCAGCUCUAGCUACGAUGUUCUCAAGGUGAUUGGCAGCGAGCCCGAGCUCAAGAAGGCUCGUAUGGCUCUGUACGCAGCAGCCCGACAGGUCCUGAACAACGGUAUGCGGGUUCUGGGUCUCAACCCCGUGGAGCGGUCAGUCAUCCCGAUGUAAACCUGCCCCGGUUCUCUAUUUUUUACAUUUCAAAAUUCCUAUUAGCUCGACGAUAUCUCAUAGUUCCCGGCUAGACGCACUGGCGCUAAAAAGGGGGCCAAUAACAUAUGAUUAUGAUGUUCAUCUUGGUGCAUAACGAACGAUGGGGCGGGCCAUGGAAGGAUUCCCCAGAUCGAAACUCUAUGUUGUAGUCCUGUCACAAACCAGGUAGCGUCGGUUUAAAUUUCUCUUUAAGCGCGACCUUGGAGAAUAUAAGAAAAAAGCGUCAUGGUUCUACCGUCCAAUUGCCGAUGCAGAAGUAUCUGCGUCAUGGUGACUAGAACAGUACAGCCACACGUGUCUGAUCUCCUGUCAGCGGGGAUAAAAUUUCCCCGCGGGUCACCAGCGUGGCCAUCGG